UCUCUUCCUUGCCACCUGCGUCCUGAACACAUUGCUAACCCAAUGCAGCAUAUAUGAAGGUUAAGCUACAUGGCUCCUCCCUUGUUGCCGUCGCUGCUGCUUCUCGGUCUGAAGAUUGGCUGGUCGCUGGAGCUAGGCCUGGACUUUGUGCGCGUCUGCUUUGCCUAGGAACGAACAUAUGGGGUGACUUUGGCCUGAAAAAAUGGUUCCCUUUUCUUCUUCUUGCUUUCAUGAUAAUGGCCGGCGUGCCCUGGGUAUUUGCGUUCCUUUUCAGGGACGGCUGCUGCGUGCUACUGUCCCUCACUGAGGUGCGCCGCUCAGCGGGGUGGAAGACACCUCCUCUGUACCUCGUCUUCUCCAUAUGCGGUGCAAUUUCAAUAAUAAAAAAAGCUUACUUCUAUCAAUGCUUGAUGCUGGAAUGUGAUUGCUACAAGAGGUUGCGGGGAUGUGACCAAGCGCUUUGGAGCUUCCCACUAAGGAAUCUCCUCGAUACGGGGCAAGGCCAUUUUGCUGUGCCUCGUCCUCUUCAUACAGUAUAUAAAUCGAAAGAGGUUGCUUCCAUCAAAGCUUGAUGCUGGGGCACGUCAAUGCUGCGAGAUUCUGGAGAAGGCGUGAGGUUGGGCGAUGUCGGCAAAAUUUGAGGUUGUCGGGAGAAUGCCGGCGUGCGGCACCGGGAAGCGGCGUUACAAUUUUCCUUGAUAGGGGGUGAGUACUCUGGAUUUCCACAAAACAGGUCUUGAUGAUUGGUUC